CGGCUAGAAUGCUAAUCCACGCCAAGUGUCGAAUACAGACUUGGUAGCAGUCCUAAGUAUGAGCGGCAGCUAGCAAUUACUGCCCGCCAUUAAUCCACAGCUCACUGCCGAGAUACGCUCCAAAGAUUAGCAGCUAGCAGGACGCUCCUUCGUCGCAAUCUCUUCGUCCCUCCCCUUGCUGCUGUGCUAUAAAAGGGCACCCCGGGGCAGCGCCUUCUUCCUCACAUCACACCACAGUUCCUCUUCUGAGCGCACAGCCAAAGAGGAAGAAGAAGAUGUUUGGGUUCGGGCACCACCACAGCCAGGCGGCGCCGCCGUCGUCCGGGCCGAACCAGAUCUUCAAGGUCUUCUGCCGCGCCAGCGACGACUACGUCCUCGCUGUCCGCGACGGCGCCGUCGUGCUCACCCCCAUCAACCCCAAGGAUGAAACCCAGCACUGGCUCAAGGACAUGAGGUUCAGCACGAGCAUCAAGGACGAGGAAGGCAUGCCGGCGUUCGCGCUCGUCAACAAGGCCACCGGGCUCGCCGUCAAGCACUCCAUCGGCCAGUCCCACCCCGUGAAGCUGGCGCCGUUCAACCCGGCGUACGAGGACGCGUCGGUGCUGUGGACGGAGAGCAAGGACGUGGGCAAGGGCUUCCGCUGCAUCCGCAUGGUCAACAACACCCGCCUCGGCUUCGACGCCUUCCACGGCGACAAGGACCACGGCGGCGUCCACGACGGCACCGGCGUCGUCCUCUGGGAGUGGUGCAAGGGGGACAACCAGUGCUGGAAGAUCCUGCCGUGGGCCGAGGCCCACGCCGCCGUCGACUCUGGAGCUAUCGCUGGUAACUGGGCCGGAUCCGGCGGCCCGCCGGUCCACUCCGUGCGCGUCUUCUGCAAGGCCGGCGAGGACUUCAGCCUCGCCGCCCGUAAUGGCACCGUCGUCCUUGCUCCCACCAACCCCAGAGAUGACUACCAGCACUGGUUCAAGGACAUGAGGCACAGCAACAGGAUCAGGGACGAGGAAGGGUACCCAGCAUUUGCCCUCAUCAACAAGGUCACCGGCGAGGCCAUCAAGCACUCCACCGGCCAGGGCCACCCUGUGAAGCUUGUGCCGUACAACCCGGAGUACCAGGACGAGUCGGUGCUGUGGACGGAGAGCCGCGACGUUGGCAAGGGAUUCAGGUGCGUGCGCAUGGUGAACAACAUCUACCUCAACUUCGACGCCUUCCAUGGCGACAAGGCCCACGGCGGCGUCCAUGACGGCACCGAGGUCGUGCUCUGGAAGUGGUGCGAGGGCGACAACCAGCGCUGGAAGAUCCUCCCCUGGUAGAUGCUGUGCCGGGGAGCUUGCUGCAUUGCCAUCGCCAUGGAUUAGUGAUCCGAGUCGUCUUCGUCUUCGUCGUAGUCUGCUGCUGCUGCUAGCUAGAAAUAAAGUUCGUGUCCAAAUAAAACCGUGUGCAAUGAUGUAAUGGCAAUGGCGUGUCUGUGUCCGUGUCGCUCUGUGAGCUGAGCGUAAUUUCCAUGCGAGGAGAGGAGGGGCCCCUGGUUUCUGAAGAUGAACUCUGAUUGCCUUGAUUGUAAUCAGUCUGUGUUUCCUAGUACUAGGGCCUGCACUGCUCUGUGACCUGCAUUGUCUCCUUGUAAGCCCCGAUCGAAUUCAAUCCAAACCAAUGGUUCACCUAC